UUCCAGAACUGGACACAAUAGUCCAGAUGAGGUCUCACAGAGAGGAAUAGAGCGGCAGAAUCACCUCCCUCGACCUGCUGUCUAUGUUGCUUCUGAUGUAGCCCAGGACAUGGGUGGCCACCGGGGCUGCGAGCGCACAUUGCUGGCUUAUGUCAAGCUUCUCAUCCACCAGCACCCCCAAGUCCUUCUCCACAGGGCUGCUCUCAAUCACAUCAUACCUCAUCCUGUACUGAAACGUGGAUUGCCCUGACCCAGGGGUAGGACCUUGCACUUGGCCUUGUUGAACCUCAUGAGGUUCUCACAGCCCAUGGCAGGGGCGUUGGAACUGGGUGGGCUUUAAGGUCCCUUCCAACCCAAACAAUUCUGUGAAUCUGUGUACUAACAGACAUCUCUUCUCCCUCUUUCCCUUUCUUCUUUCCUCCUGCAGGUUUGCCAUAAGCAAGGAUGGAUUUCACGGAGGCGUACUCUGAUCGAUGUUCUGUCGUUGGGCUUGCAGUCAGAGAAGGAAAUGUUAAAAUGCUGAGGAAACUAAUUAAGCAGGGAUACAGCAUUGACGUUCAAGAUAACAGAGGGUGGAUGCCGAUCCACGAAGCAGCAGCUCACAAUUUCAGUGAAUGUCUGAGGGUGCUGGUUAAUGCAGCUUCAUCUGAUGACUACAUAAAUUCCAAGACUUUUGAUGGGUUGUGUGCCCUGCACCUCUCUGCACGCCAUGGGUCUUUGCAAAGUCUUCGUGUUCUUCUGGAAGCUGGGGCAGACCCCAAUCAAGUUACCACCGAAGAGACCACUGCACUGUUCCUAGCUGUUGAAAAUGGACACACAGACAUUGUAAAGUUUCUGAUCCAACAUGGAGCAAAUGUUAAAGGACUGCAUUCUUGGUCUGGAUGGAAUUCUUUGCACGAAGCUUCUUUUCAGGGAUACACUGAGAUAAUGGAAAUACUCCUGGAGAAAGGAGCAAGCAAGGAAUGUAAAGAUAACUUUGGAAUUACACCUUUGUUUGUUUCUGCUCAGUAUGGAAAGCUGGAGAGUUUAAGACUGCUUGUAUCCCAUGGUGCGGAGGUGAAUUGUCAAGCCAAGGAUAAAGCCACCCCCCUGCUGAUUGCUGCACAGGAGGGCCACACCGAAUGUGUGGAACUGCUCUUAUCAAAAGGGGCAGAUCCAAACCUCUACUGCAACAACGAUAACUGGCAGUUACCUAUUCACGCAGCAGCUCAAAUGGGCCAUAAAAGGAUAUUGGAGUUACUAAUACCAAUUACUGAUCGGAUUUGUGACAAAGGCGAAGGCAAAGUGAGCCCUGUGUACUCAGCAGUUUAUGGUGGUAAUAAAGAAUGUUUGGAAAUGUUACUUAGAGAAGGCUACAGUCCAGAUGCUCAAGAGUGCCUUAAAUUUGAUUGCGUGUCUCCCAUGUGUAUGGUCUUCCAAAAAAAGUUAUUUUCUUUCAUUGAUAUUUUCCUGAAAUAUGGGAUCACCUUACUUGGGAUUAAUUUGGGAUAUUGCCUGUUCCAUGAAAAGUUUACUUUGUUCCAACGCUUCUUGAAGCUGGGCUGUUUACUGCCUUCUGGAGACCAGUUAUUGGAGUUCGUACGUUACACAGUUAAAGCGCAUGAGGAGUACAAGGAGUGGCUGCCUUAUCUACUCUUGGCUGGUUUUAAUCCAGUGAAUUUAAUGCACAGAUUCUGGAUUUUCUCUGUGAGCGAGAGUGCCCUUAAUUUCAUCCUGGAGUUCACGGACUGGAAGAGGCUUCCUCCACAUGUACAGAGAGACCUUUCAGACUACAAAGAGAAGUUCACAUGGACUCCUAAGAGCCACUUUGCCUCCAUUCCUUCCCUCUCUCAUCUUUGUCGUCUUGAGAUCCGGUCCGUUUUAACAAGUGAACAUUUGCGAUCAGACCAGUUUAUCCGAGAACUGCCGUUGCCAACUUAUCUCCAGGACUACCUUCUCUACUUAGACGUACUGCGUGCCAACUCUAUUCUGGGAGCCGAGGAUUAUCUGGGGCAGAGAGAGGAGGGAGCUACCUCUACCAGUCACUCCAGUGCUGAAGAUGCAGAGAGGAGGGACAUAACGCCGGUGCAAGGUGACGGUGCUGCCAGUGACUGAGCUCCGUGGCUGCAGAUUUCAUAAUGGCAAUUAGCAGACAUUGGAGAAGAACUACUGUAAAUAACUGUUUGUAGUAAAAAGUCUUUUCAUGCUGUAAUUUUAUACUAUGUUUAGAAGCUUGCUAUUAGUUCUAUGGUUUACAUGUUUAAAAAGCCUGUCGUAGCUUUCUAAGUCUGUGAACAUAUUCUGGUUCUGAAAAGAAAUUUUUCACUCUUACGGAGUAAAAUUACCUUGUUCAAUGAACAUAGCUUAUAUCGUGGUUGAAAUCUAUUUGGUCAGACACUGUUAGUAAAUGCUUUAUUUUAAGGGACCGCACAU